ACAAACCACGUUUCUAAUCUUCAGUUGUUUAUGUGAGCUUUAAACUGUUAAUCCGAACUGAAACGGUUCAGUCCCGGUCUGCGUCCACCCUGCAUCGCUAUCGUCUGCCCACGUUGUAAUCGAGCUAUUAAAAAAAUAACGUUUUAUUUUAAACCAGUUUCACAUUAUCUGAUGUCGUCUAUGCUUCGUAUAUCGUUCCUGAUCUAUCGGUGUGAUCGCGACAUGCGGGUAGUUUAACGGGGCUUUGCCAUUGUCUUCCAUUGUGUCUGCAUGUGAAAUCGGCUGAGCAGAAAACACGUGGGCCGAGGAGUGUGGAGACAUCCGGGUUGGGGGGUGCAUGGAACGACAGCGGCUCCCAGGCUGUUUUCGGGUUCAUCGACCGAAUCAGCGACAGUACCGACAAAAAUGAGAUGUCGCGAUUUUAAUCUAAUCUAGCUGUUAUGCCUUAUUUGAAGACAGCGGGUUGUAGAAAAUGUCCUCUGGAUGGUUAUCGUCGGACGAAGGAGGCGCUUUUAUCGGGAGGUUGUUUCUGUUUCCCUUAAAGGAAAGAAGAUAAUGCUGCGUCGCCGAACAGUUUAUGAUCAGCAUAUGAUGGGGAAGGGAGCCUUGAUGUGGGCAGUAUGAGUAAGAAGCCCCCUAACAGAAGAGGGAUAACAUUUGAGGUGGGAGCUCAGCUUGAGGCCAGAGACAGCCUCAAAAACUGGUAUGCUGCCAACAUAGAGAAGAUUGACUAUGAAGAUGAGAAAGUACUAAUUCAUUAUCGACAGUGGAGCCACCGGUACGACGAGUGGUUUGACUGGACUAGUCCGUACCUGCGACCAGUGGAGAGGGUACAGCUGAGGCGGCAGGGCCUCCAGGACGACGCUCCUGUGCCUAGUACAUCUCGGAUCUCCUCCUUCCAGGGGUUUCAUGUGAAUGACAAGGUCCUAGCCAGCUGGUCCGACUGCCGAUUCUACCCUGCUAAGGUCAUUUCUGUAAAUAAAGAUGCUUCCUACACAGUGAAGUUCUAUGAUGGCGUCAUCCAGACAGUGAAGGGCAUACACGUGAAGCCUUUCAUUAAAGAGAGAGGUGGAGGAGGGAAGUCUAGGUCGACUGAGAGGAACAUGGUCAGAAGGGUCCCAAACCGCAGGGACAGGAGGCCUCAGGAGAAUGGUGGUCCCAAGAACAAGCGGGCCAGACGCAGUACCUCAGACCAGGAGGAGGACAGCAGUGAGGAUGAGGAGCGAGAAGAGCAAAGGGUAAUAGAGAAGAACAAGAAAACAAACGGUGAGAUGGAGGCUUCGACCACCAUUCGACAGGAAGAGGAAACGUCAGAGAAAUCGGACCAUAACAAGCCCAGGGAUGCAGGGAAGGACACAGGACUCACGAAUGGUGUGAAGGUGGAAGAAAAUGACGAGGCUAUUUGUCACAUAAACGGUGAGGUGAAGAAGGAAGAGGUGGAUACAGAAGAGAGCGGAACAAAGCCAUACACAGAGUCACCCAAGCCAUAUACUGAGUCCAGUCAGACAUCAGCAAAGACAGAGCAGGUGUCUAUUUCUAUGACAACCACAGAAUCCUGUGGAGAUGUGGAGAAGAAACCAAACAUCCAGUCAGAAAGCUCUCAGCCUGCAGCAGAUGCACCGCCUCCUCCGCCAGUGAAACCAAUAAGAAAGCAGGGUUUCCACAAUCCGAACAGAUUCAGCAGAGAACCAUUAUAUCGAGUUAUCAAAAACCAGCCCCCUCCUGUCCUGUCCAUAAACCUCGACCACAACCCGUUUAAGUGCAGCGCUCCCGGCUGCACAAAAUCAUUCCGCAAGGCCAAGCUACUACACUACCACAUGAAAUAUUACCAUGGUGAGGAGCAGCCUCCAGAGACAGAACGCAGCCCAACCAGAAGUGUCCAGACCAGGGCUUCAGAAAAGCAGGCCACUGCUCUGGAUGGCCCAAAAAGAAGGCGCACCAUCUCUGCUUCUAUGCACACUGUGGGAACGGCCACAGCUCCCCGUGGUGAGGUGAAGACUGCAGGCAGGCGUACAUCAGCCCCGCCUGCAGUCAGCGCCCAGGGCCAUCAGCAGAGGGCGCUGCUGAGAGAAAAGAGCAAGGAGAACCAGCUGGACAGGAAUGGAUGCCAGCAGGACAAGGAUUCAGACAAGAGUGGCUUUGACAUUGGGUCAGUAAAAGACAAACUAAAAGAGAAACCAAAACAGAAGGACUUCCUCCGCAUUAAACUUAAAAAGAAGAAGAAGAAAAAGAAGGCCAAGUCUGACUACACAGGUAGUGAGGAGAAUAUUGACUUCUCAAUAUUGGGUCUUCAGUCCAAAUUGAAUUUGCCACUCAAAACCCCCCCCUCACACAAUCACAAGCCUGAGGCCUACCCCCGCAGGCCUGGAUACAGCUACUCAGAGCAGAUACAUGUGGAUGAUGAAGAUAGCAUCAGUGACUGGUCUACUGACAGCUGUGGGUGGAGUGACGAUGACUUUGGGGUGGAUCUGGACAUCACCACACCACCUCUGAGUGUAGAUUCUGGUGCUGUUGACACCAGUGACCAAGAGAUUGUCCGAUGUAUCUGUGAGGUGGAGGAAGAGAAUGACUUCAUGAUCCAGUGUGAAGAUUGUUUGUGCUGGCAGCAUGGCACCUGCAUGGGCUUACUGGAAGACAAUGUACCAGACAGAUACACCUGCUACAUCUGCAGAGACCCACCAGGUCAGAGGCAGAGUCUGCGUUAUUGGUAUGACAGAGAGUGGUUGACCAACGGACACAUGUAUGGACUCUCCUUCCUGGAAGAGAAUUACUCUCACCAAAAUGCCAAGAAGAUCACCACUACACACCAGCUGCUGGGAGACGUGCACCAUGUGGUGGAGGUCCUCAGUGGACUGCAGAUCAAGAUGAGCAUUCUACAGAACAACACUCACCCUGACCUGCAGCUGUGGCGUCAGCCCUGGAAGCAGACGGAGAGGCCACGCUUCAGCUCAGAUUCAUGUCGGAGCAGUGACGCAGUUCCAUCUCCUGUGACUCCAGAAGAGGACAUGAGCCGAGGAGAGAUCCUGAUGUCCAACGCUCUGGAAAAGCUGAGCCGGGCAGCAACUGCAGCCACCUCCUCUUCCUCCUGCUCUUCAUCUCCCUUCCCAUCCUUCCAGGACUCGUACAUUACCAGCGAACACUGCUACCAGAAACCUCGAGCGUACUACCCAGCGGUGGAGCAGAGGUUGGUGGUGGAGACCAGACAGGGCUCAGAGCUGGAAGACAGCAUGAGAAGCACCGAGGAGCUUCUGGAGCGGGAGCAACGCUAUGGGAGCCUUCUGGAGACGGACCGGCCCAAACCAUCAGGGACCAGUAACAAGGUUGCAGUCGGCUCAUGGUCUCAGGCAGAGAUGAGGGACAUGGAUGACAGAGAUCCUGAAGGUCCUGCUGAUACCAGCAUGCAGCACCAGCAGUGGCAGAUCAACCUGCUGGACCACAUAGACGCCGUCCAGGACGAGGUGUCCCACAGGAUGGACUUCAUUGAAAGGGAAUUGGACGUUCUGGAGAGCUGGCUGGACUACACCGGGGAGCUGGAACCUCCUGAACCUCUGGCUCGUCUGCCUCAGCUCAAACAGCGCAUGAAGCGGCUGUUGACGCAGCUGGGGAAGGUGCAGCAGAUCGGACUGUACAGCUCCACAUGAGGGCGCCAGUGAGCAACAGCAGCCGCACGCAUCACAGCGUCCAGAAGCAGCUCAGGGAGACACUGGUUCUCCAGCUGCAGGUAGAAAACCACAUGAAUGCAAAAGGCGGGACUGGGACGGUGGAGCAGAGUGUGAGCGGACUCCUGCUGCUGGUUCUGGGAGGCUCUGUGGUGGAACCGAUGCUACGGCCACUGUCAUAUGAACAUGUGGAGGGCAGCAUCUCCAAUCAGGAUUAAACACAAAAAGUAACCUCGUAUUUGCAGGAGAAGAUCCUUCGGACCAGAUCCCACUUCUGUGGUUCCCAUGCAACUUUAACCCUCUGAAUGCCUUUGGACUGAGCUCCUGCUUUAAGGUGGUCCUGUCUGUCAGUACACAGCUUUACUGUCUAUUCAAAGUACAACCCAACCAACCUACACAGCCUCGCAAUACUCUCCACAACACUUUAAUGGUCCCUGUGUGCAUCAGUACCGUUCUGUAGUUUGGGUCUCCUGUCAUGUGAUUCCACGGUUCACGGACACGGUAACUUGAAGACGUCUGGUUUGUCUGAGCUGUGCACCGGCGCUCUACAGUUCACUUCUGUUCUGGAUCUGCUAAAGGGUUUGUUUUUGACGACACUGUGAAGUUAUUUUUGUCCAACAUUAAAUGCGUCUUAUUUCCAGCUUUAGAAGGUAACAGUGAUGUUUUAGUUCUGCUCUGUUUUCUUUGAACCGUACUGUUCCUCUCCUGACAGUUGUUAAUCCGUUCCUCUUUAUGUUGAUCACUUCUUUGUUAAAUUCAUGGUUAUUGCUGUAGCACUUCUGAUUCACUGAACAUUGGAUGUGGACUUGUCUCUAAACCUCGCAUCUUGUGCUUUGUCAGUGACAAAAACAACUUAGAAGACCUGUAAUUUUUUGUCCUUGAUCGUUUCAUCUCUUUUCUUUACAGUAUUUUGGUUGUAUGUAAAUAAGUCUGUUUAUUGAACCUUUCUCCAAAUACAGAUAUUGUUAUGCUACUGUACUGUAAGUGUCUGGCUUAGAAGCAGGGAAAUGUCAAGAACAAUGCAAACAGAUUUGCUGGUACAUAAAUAAACUAUUAUUAAUAAGAAUGCCUUUAA